GACAAACGAAUAGUAGCCACAAGCACUAUUUCUCCGAGCGCAUCCUCCUCGACAAAGUCUUGCUUCAACUUGCCGUGUAUGGUUCCGAUAAUAUAGAUCUAUCGUCUUUGAAAUGGACCAGCCCAUCCUUAUUUAUGCAUGCACUGCUUUGGCCAUCUCGUUACCCUGUCUCUAUCUAGCUAUCAUCUUGCUUUCGCCUCCCCCGAUAAUAACCCGACCCUCAGAAAAGACAUACCGUUCACGAAAAUCCCUCAAAGACCCUCUCAAUCUUCCAUCUCUCGCCGAUGUGGGCUCCAUUGAUCUCAGCGUCAUUAUUCCCGCAUACAACGAGACAUCCCGUCUUCCAUCCAUGCUCGAAACCACACUUAAUCACCUCAACUCGGCCUCCGUCCGGCAGACACGUACAUACGAGCUCGUCAUUGUCGACGACGGUUCAAAAGAUGACACGUCUGCACUCGCGCUAAAACUGGCACAGCAACACCUCAAUAGCGAUAUUCGGGUUGUCACGCUUGAAAAGAACCUUGGCAAGGGCGGUGCUGUACGCCAUGGGAUGCUCCACGCACGUGGAAACAGGUUGUUGAUGGUGGACGCGGACGGUGCAAGUCGCUUUGAGGACUUAGAGCUGUUAUGGAAAAAGAUGGACGAACUUGGGCCGAAGAACGAGCCGACAGUGGUUGUCGGCAGUCGAGCGCACCUCGUCAAGACCGAAGCUGUGGUCAAGCGCUCUGUGCUUCGCAACAUCCUCAUGUAUGGCUUGCACACUAUCCUACGCAUAGUGGGCGUGGGACAUAUUCGUGACACGCAGUGCGGAUUCAAACUAUUCUCGCGCCGCGCCGCACAGCAAAUUUUCCCUGCACAACAUCUUGCCACUUGGAUAUUCGACGUUGAGCUACUCCUGCUUGCGAAGCAGUUGGGUAUACCUGUCGCAGAAGUCCCUGUACAAUGGCAUGAGGUAGCGGGGAGUAAGCUGAAUGUUGUCAAGGACUCGUUACAGAUGCUCAGGGACCUGCUCGUUCUCCGCGCUAACCAGCUCACCGGACGAUGGAAAGUAUCACCGUGAUGAUAUACCAUGGCCAAGCCAGUCACGGAACAAUCGAUUUUUGUCUAUGCGGAUGGUGAAUGUGUUCUCACCGGCUCUGCAAAGACAGCUUGGAAUACAUCAUGAUUGUACAUAGAGCAAUAUUUAAUUGUUAUACAUAUAGCAUUGCAGGCGCCAUCAUGAGUGGUGCGGCAACUUUAUAAGCAUACUCUAGAGGUCAAGGUGUGAUG